UCGAUCGGAACUGAGCAUAAUGAAAGUCCUGAGCUCUGUCUGAGACUCAACUUAGUUCACAACCGUUUAAAACAAGCGUAUGCAGUCUGUCACGUGGGCUUUAAUGAUUACCAAGAGCCUCGCGCACACUGACAUGAAGAGUCAUAUUGCAAACUCAGAGUUAGCUACAAGGUAGUAUAUGAACCGGCUCUGUCAGGGAUCGUUUAGAACCAUGGGCGACCAUAUACUGUAUUUUACGCCUGCGGCUCCCUUGGACAGAGGACUGGUGGAUGUAUGUCCUCAUACCUGGCAACAAGUGCGUUAAUGGAUAUUUGGCAAACACUCUUUACAAGUGUGACAGUGAGCUAACCCGCGAGAAGCUGAGAGCUGCUAGCCGGAGGAUGGAGACACGGAGCCGCCUGUUUGAGGCUUCCCGGCUCCGCUGCCGUAUCACGGGCAGCAUUGAACACGCCUGACAUCUCCGCCUCAUGAAGCAUGUUAACACAGACUGCUCCCCGGAUUCAGCGGAGCUCGGCGGGAGUGCACCUUGGCUCCGUCAUUUAGUCAUUUGUUGAAGGCUGGACAGCACCCAUCCAUCCAGACACCACACAAGGGAUGUGGAGACCCCAGAAAACAGGGCUCUUUGACAUUCUUUCAUUGUCGCUGGUCGUGGCAUUGAUGUGCUGUGCCCAGAGCGUCAAUGAACCGGGGAACAUGUCUUUCGUCAAAGAGACUGUGGAUAAACUGUUGAAAGGUUAUGAUAUUCGUCUUCGGCCAGACUUUGGAGGUGCACCGGUUGCUGUUGGCAUGAGCAUAGACGUGGCAAGUAUAGACAUGGUGUCAGAAGUCAAUAUGGACUACACGUUGACGAUGUACUUCCAACAAUAUUGGAGAGAUAAGAGACUGGCCUAUGUAGGGAUCCCUCUCAACCUGACACUGGACAACAGAGUCGCAGACCAGCUCUGGGUCCCAGACACCUACUUCCUCAACGACAAGAAGUCCUUUGUUCACGGCGUCACUGUUAAGAACCGUAUGAUUCGGCUACACCCGGACGGCACUGUUCUCUACGGCCUCAGAAUCACCACGACUGCAGCCUGCAUGAUGGAUCUGAGGAGAUACCCGCUGGACGAACAGAAUUGCACUCUGGAAAUUGAGAGUUAUGGUUACACAACAGAUGAUAUAGAGUUCUAUUGGAAAGGAGGAGACACUGCUGUGACCGGGGUGACACGCAUCGAGCUCCCUCAGUUCUCCAUCGUCGACUACAAACUGGUUUCCAGGAACGUGGUCUUUUCCACAGGUGCCUACCCUCGACUGUCUCUGAGCUUCAAGCUGAAGCGAAACAUCGGAUACUUCAUCCUGCAGACGUACAUGCCCUCCAUCCUCAUCACCAUCCUAUCCUGGGUGUCGUUCUGGAUAAAUUAUGACGCCUCGGCUGCCAGAGUUGCAUUAGGGAUCACCACUGUCCUCACCAUGACAACCAUCAACACGCAUUUAAGAGAGACUCUGCCCAAGAUCCCCUACGUCAAAGCUAUAGACAUGUACCUGAUGGGCUGCUUUGUGUUUGUCUUCCUGGCUCUGCUGGAGUACGCCUUCGUCAACUACAUCUUCUUUGGAAGAGGACCUCAGAUGCAGAAGAAGAUGGCUGAGAAGGCACAGAAGGCAAAUAAUGAGCGAGAUAAAUUUGAUGGACCCAAGUCCCUUCUGGAAGGAGGCAAUUGCAAGUCUUCGUCUGUUAAACUAUCCAAUCAGGUACAAGGACGCCGUCACUCACAGAGGGUCGACUCCCGGGGGAACAUUUUGCUGACAACCUUGGAGAUCCACAACGAGGUGGGAGGGAAUGAAAUCACAACCACGGUGAGCGAGACCCACAACUCCUCCUCCACGGCGUUGGACCACUCGGGGGUCCAGUACAGGAAGCCGAGCGGGCCGCGAGAGUCGGCCCGCCUCAGUACGGACAGGAACGCGCACGGAAAGAAAAGCCGUCUGCGGAGGCGAUCCUCGCAGCUCAAAAUCAAAAUCCCAGACCUCACCGAUGUGAACACCAUCGACAGAUGGUCACGGAUAAUAUUCCCCUUCAGCUUCUGCCUCUUCAACCGUGCAGACUCCGAGAGUGUGCAUCUGUAUGUGCACAGUCACAAGGAAUUAUCUACAGAACUUGUAUUUUACAAAGACUUUGAUGAACUGUAAAGUACUCUCUGCUCUGACUCCUGUGAAGAGCUGGGACAUUGGAUCUCGUGGGGUGAGGCGCAGACUCUGUGCCGUGUUGUAUAUCAAAAAGUGUAUUUACACUGCUUUAGGUCAGUUAUUACAAACGCACCCAGAAUUUCAGUAUUAAAUGUGGUCGCUGUAAUACAAUGUAUUGCUAAUGACAAGACACCUGUAAUAUUACAGUUGUCUUGUCAAUCUGCACAUGGACAAAUAACGCUCAUGUAAACACAGACCACACUCUGAGUUUAUGAUCCGAAAUGAUUUGUAAUGAAACCAGACUUACAGGAAUUGUUCAAUGUUUUGGGAAAUCCUUGUAUUCCCUUUUGUUGCCGAGAGUGAGAUGAGAAGAUUGAUACCACUCUUCUGUACGUGUGCUAAAUAGGAAGUUAUCGCCAGCAGCUAGUUAGCUUAGCAUGAAGACUGCAAGCAGGGGGAAACAGCUAAACAUAUUAACUAAAAUCUCAAACUAUUUCUUUAAUUAGCCUCAGAGUUGAUGCUACCGACUGUUCACUGGUUGUUCUGAAGUGAAACUGCUGUGACCUCGCUCCUAGGAUUAACAGAGGGUUCAUACUGUUUUAAAGAUCAUUUAUAUAAUAAUAACUUUGAUUUCAAAGCCCAGUUUUAUUAACAAGAGAGUGGCUGAUGGAAUAAAAUUGUCAUUAUCUCAUUCACUGCCAUUAUUGACAUAUUUUGGCAUUUUAGAAAGCUUUAAUUUGCUUUCCUGCUGAGCUUUAAAUGAGAAGAUCAGUACCACUAUAGUACAGUUAGCUUAGCAUAAAGACUGGAAACGGGGAAAGAGUGAAAGUCAAAGAUGAAUUAGCCGCCUAUCACAUCUAAAGCUCACAAAUAAACGUUUAAUCCUAUUUGUUUAAUCCAUACGUGAACAGAAAUGUUCCUAUUUCUCUUCACACAUUGAUUUCCACAACAUUUCUGCAUGUGUACAGAUUGAACAAACCAGACAUUUACAUGCUCAUUAGUGAGCUUUUUGGUGUUGGUAGGGGAAUUCUGAUAGCUUUGCACAGAGCCAGGCUAGCAGUUUUCCUUUGUUUACAGUCUUUAUGCUAAGCUAGGCUAACCGGCUGCUGGUUGUAGCUUCAUAUUUAUCAAUCAAGUAUCAGUCUUCUCAUAUUGCUCGACGAGAACGUGAAUGAGAGUAUUUCCCAAAAUUUGGAACCAUUUCUAUAACAUUUACAGUUACCCCUUUGCUAUUGAUUUUCACUUUUCCAAAAAAAUGCCAUGUAGCCAACAUCAAGUGGGUAUGUGUGACAAAAAAAAGAAGUUUCCCAGGCUUUUACAGAGAACAUGUACAAUAUCUGAUCAGUUUACACUAUUUCACUCUUUUGUCACUAUGCUUUCAGGACUGCUGUCGCACUUUUUUAUUGGUUUUGUGAAACACGUAUUCAAUACAGCAUAAUUCACAUGGCGACUUGCUUUUUUUCUUUACAUGCAUGUUAUACUAAGGACCGAACGCAGACACAUUUUUGCAGACAUCUUAUGUCAAAUUUCGACCAACCUACACACCCAGAUUUGUCAAACAUUUAAUGUACAUGCUGUAACUGCACAUUUUCUUCACUUGACAUUAAUGACAUGUCUCUGUUGUCAGCAGUGUUUUGCUCAGUGAUUUCUGGCCUCGCUGUUUUGUUUUGUUAGUCUUUACACAACAUUAUCGUUUCCUAUUUGUGUUGUAAAUAUAAAACGCAAUAUCACA